GGGGGGGGGGGGGUGUGUGUGAGUGAGCAGCUGAGGGGGGGCUGAGCUGCCUGCCGGGAUUAAAUCACAGCAGUACCUCCAACUGUGACCAUCCCCUCGCCACUGUUACCCAGUGUCCCUGCAGCCCCGGGGACAAGAGACACCCUUGUCCCCACUGCACCCAACGGUCCUGGCUGCUAUGGGUGCUCCCACAGGCGCAGGACAGGGUGGAGGAGCGAACUGUCGUCCCCCGGAGGGACAGGGACAGACAGGUACAGGCACUGCAGACAGAUAGGGCAGGGAAGCAGACGGGAGAAAGCAGCCCCAGGUUUUGCAGGGCUGCAGCCCGCUCUCCCAGCGACACCCGGUGGGUGCUGGGGGAAGAGCUGCAAUGAGACAUCCUGGGGCGGUGGGUCCCGGGAUGGGAGGGGAGGGGGUCCUGCUGGGGGUGACCAGGGGUCUGUCUCCUCACCCCUGUCACCUCCCGACCGGUGCAAAUGGCUGAUCCGCUGGUUCGCGGCUUGGUCCCCGCAGUGUUCCGAGGUGGGACAGCUGCCACAUUCGGAGGUUUCCCAGCGCCCCAUGACAACCCGUGACCCCGCAGAGAUCCUGAUGGGGUCAGGAACCGUCACCGGGUGACACUUGCACCUGCAAGAAGAGUCUGUGAUAGGUGGGACACGGUUCAGGCGGGGACAAGGACAAAGUCCAGGACACCGCCAAGAAUAAUAACCCCCCUGAGCUGGAGACUGCCAGCUGGGACCAAGACGAAGAACACGGCAGGGCCAGGCUAUCACCGUCCGCAUCCGGAGGUGGUGACGCGCCCGCUUCACGUCACCGCUCCGGCAGCCAGGACUGGCUCCCGCCCGCGUGGUGCUGCCGGUUCCCCCAGUGCGCACACAGCAGUGUCACUCCCCGGCCCAGGCACCCAGCGCUGAGCCAUGGCACUGCUCACCCACCUUCUGGCCUGUGCCUUCGGCAUGGGCUCCUGGGUGGCCGUCAAUGGGCUGUGGGUGGAGGUGCCGCUGCUGGUGACAGUGCUGCCAGAGCAGUGGUACCUCCCCUCCUACAUCACCAUCAUCAUCCAGAUGGCCAACGUGGGACCACUCUUUGUCACCCUCAUGAAUCGCUUUCGGCCUGGCUUGCUGAAGGAGGUGGCUGUUAUCUAUGCGAUCGUGUCUGUGGGUGUCAUGGCCUGCUUGCUCCUGGCUUUCCUCUGGAACCAUACGUCCCUCAUUGCUGGGACAUCCCACAGCAUCCCUUUCCUAAUCCUUACCUUCUUCCUGGCCCUGGUGGACUGCACCUCUUCUGUCACCUUCCUGCCCUUCAUGAUGCAGCUGCAGCCCCAGUACACAAGCACCUUCUUCAUAGGUGAAGGGCUAAGUGGGCUGAUCCCUGCUCUCAUUGCCCUGGGCCAAGGCUCUGGUAUCUCCAGAUGCACCAAUGUCAGCUAUGAGGUCAACAUCACCACUGGCAACGAGACUGUAGAGAGCACCAUCUUCCGGCUGGAGACACACUACCUCCCACCCAGCUUCUCCACCCUCGUGUUUUUCCUGCUCAUGACUGCAAUGAUGCUGACCUGCUUGCUGGCCUUUUUCUUCCUCACCCGGCAGCCCAAGGUGUGGGAGCUCUCUCAGCAGCACCUCUUUCCCAGCAACAUUGUGCUGAACUCAUUUGACCAGAUUCUUGAUGAGGGAGCUGACUCGCAGCUGAGCAGAGGCUGUUCAUGGCCAAAGGAUCCCAAGGGACCUGGGGAUAUCCUGCCGCAGAAGGUCUCCUACUCUCUAACCCAGCUCACCCUCAUCUACCUCCUUGUCACCUGGGUGAGCGCCCUGACCAAUGGGAUCCUGCCAUCUGUGCAGUCCUACUCCUGCCUGCCCUACGGACACACCACCUACCACCUGGCAACCACGCUUAGCUCCAUGGCCAACCCCCUCGCCUGCAUCGUGGCCAUGUUCCUGCCCAGCAGGUCCCUGACCCUGAUGGUCAUCCUCACCAUGGCAGGGACAGGCUUUGGUGCCUACAACAUGGCCAUCGCAGUGAUGAGUCCCUGCCCACUCCUCCAGCAGUCCCAGUGGGGCGAUGUCAUCAUCGUCUUCUCCUGGGUGCUGUUCACCGGGACACUCUCCUACAUGAAGGUGAUGGCCGGGGUGAUCCUGCGGAGCUGCAGCCGCAGCGCGCUGGUGUGCUACGGGGCGCUGGAGCAGCUGGGCUCCCUCCUCGGGGCACUGCUCAUGUUCCCCCUUGUCAACGUCUACGGCCUUUUCAAAUCUGCUGACUACUGCAGCCUGCAGUGCCCAGCAUGAGUGGGGUGGACACCCCAAAACCACCGCUCUUGCCAGCAUGAACUCCCAAAAUCAGGAGGGCUGGCUGGCUGGGAAGCAGCGCUGGGACCAGGACGGCUGCAGACACAGCUCCCUGAUGGGCUCUGCCAGGGAGCAGCACCGCCAGGGCUUUGUCCCCAGCCUGGGCACGGGAUGUUCCCAUUAUCUGAAAACAAUAGAAGGUGUUUUACUCA